AUGGAUAUCUUAACGAUAAUCACCAAUCAACCCUCUAAGGAAGGUAGGACUAGAGAAGCUAAGUCGCAGAGUUAUCCAAAUCGCCUCUCGUUCCAGGCAGCUCCACAGACAAAUUCGAGCGCGGACAUGCUUGAAACGCUGAAGUCCAAAAAGCCAAAGGUGCAGUAUUCUCGCAAGGGCUGCUCACAAUGUAAAAAGUCCCACAUAAAGUGUGACAAAGUACAACCGCUCUGCACGACAUGCGCCAAGAAGAAUAUUCUGUGCACAUAUGAAUUGAGCUUUGUAUUUGAAGACGGCAGCAGCAAGCGGAAGAUUCUGAAGCGUCUACCAAAAACCAAAAAAAAGCGACCACAAGAAAUUGUGACACCGCUUUCCCUAGCUAGUAACAGCACAUCUAGCCUUUCUACCAGCUCUCGGAGCCAAAGCUUGUCGCAAAUGUUACCAGCCGUGGCCGUCCUACAUGCUGAGCAGGAAUGCGUGCGUGGCAACGUGCGGCGCGCGUCAAUGGAUGACACGAGCGACGCACAAAACCAACGAUCUUCUACAACGUCAGCAGGGAUUUCCAAUUUCAGCUUUGAAUCGGACCAAUUUGAUAUCCAGAAUUUCUUAGAUACAUCGCCCGCAGAUCUCAUUCUGUUCGAUAACGCCGAGUUUGAGCUUAACGCAUGGACUGAACAACAGACACAUGCGGGGUGGAAGAUGUUUACCUUUGACUGGCGCGAUGCGGACUGGCCUGAAGUGAUGAAGCUUUUGGAGGCAUAUGACCCAAUACAGCAUGGCUCGCCGGUCUCACAGCCGUGCGCACCCACAGACCUCGGCGUCGAUCCCUCCGAACUAAACAGGUUUGUAUGGACGAUGGCGAGGAGCACGCAGCUCUUUGGAAACUUCGCAAUCUUCCCCAAUGACAAGAUGGAAGAGUUAAUCAACGUUUUAUGGAUAAUCAACCUGCAUUACGGCGUAAUCCAGGAUGCCUUGACCUAUGGCUGUGGCAUGUUUAUUAAGGAGGUCUACGAGCGGGCAAACUACCAAACCUUUGCCUACCACUGGGGCAUGAUUGCGAUGUCUUCAAAAGAAUCUGUGUCGUUCGACCUGCUAAAUACACAGCUUCUGAAGGCGGUGGUGUUCACUGACUUCGUUGCUGUGCUCUUCGCGUACUUCCUCGCAAUUGCAUCCAACAGCACCUGCGAGAGGUUCGAGUGGGACACGUACUUUCCCCAAGGGUACCAUGUGAUCCGCCAUGUGCGAACCCUCAUACCGUUGAGCGGGUGCAUGUCGGAACUUGAGCGAGCAGCUAUAAGCGCCUUUGGUGUGCUCGAGGACUGGUUUUGCCAGGCGGAAGUAAUAGCUCAGGUCAUCUCCGACAAGGGUGGCGCCCUCUCAGAACGAACCGAGCUCGAGUAUCUAUUAACCAAGGUUCCACCGCUUCUCACAAGCUACCAAAACAAAUAUGACCUCAUGAAGGGUUGUUUCCAUAAUUUCAACGCCAUUUUCCUCAAACUAUGUUUGAAGUUGACUGACCUCAAGGACCGCGGCGUGCAAUUGGGCGGACGGCACAUGAUAGAAUACAAACUUCUUAAUACCAACACAUCAUUGGCGCUGGAGCUACAUGCGUUCGGCUCCACCCUACUCGAAGAGCUCGAAGCCAUCCAACCUUCCAAGACUGAGCUCAGGCAGGCUUGUAACGGGAUCGCCGACCACCGACUACAGCACGCCAUGAAGAACUCGCACGAGAUGUACUUCAUCGGUCUACAGCUCUAUUUAAAGGCGCUAUUCAUGGACACCCCGCUGAACUCCCCCGAGUUGGUGGAGCUGCUCGAACGCAUGCUCGAGGCCGGACAGAAUAUCACGUACUAUUCGGCCAAGACUAUUUGCUGCCACUUGUUUGCCUUUCUUGGCGCGGAGGUCGCCUUGCUAAUAAACAACCGUUCCUUGUUCAAGAGCUUCAUGGGUCUCUUGAAAACGAUUGCAGACAGCGGAACCGCCGCUGCGAAGAACAGCAUGCGACGCCUCAACUACAUCUCGCUGGUAUUGGAGACCAGAAGUUAUACACUGCUAGUAAACCCGAUAUAUAACAACGGCAUCGAUCUCUAA